GAUGGGAUGAAAAAGAAUUGUUGUUAACUUUGGAGGAUUUCGAAUAUGAUAAAAUGUUAAAUUAUGAAAAUGGUGGUAAUGGGAAACAUAGAAUGAGUUAUGAGGAAAAUGAAAAAGAGAGUGAAAAUACAGAUUUGAUGAUGAAUGUA